AUGGCUAACGAGUGUGCGAUAUUUCCUAAUCAAAUGAGCGGCAUGCAGUUUUUCUGGCCCUCCAAUGAUAUGUAUAUGGGCUGCAGCCCAAAUACACUGACACAAUUGCAAGAGAAGGUCUUACGAUCGUUAUCUAAGAGACAAGAGGAAGAGAAUUUACAAGUGGUUCCCGAAAACAACAAUGUUUUUGACGAUUAUUCUUCGAAUCCCUGUCAAUUGACGCACGAAACCGGAGACUGCUCCGGCUCAAGACUGCUGCCUUUUUAUCAAGACGAAAAUAAACUUAGCGCUCAUUUCCCAUGUAGUCCAGGAUUGCAUAAAUCACCAAUAACGACUACGUGUACAUCUUUAGAACCCUUAAGCACUCCCACAUUUCCAUUUUCGCCGCUUCUGAAGAGUCCAGGUUUUUGUUCGGCGCCCAGAAGUCCGUUAGCCAUGAUGGUGUUAAGCCCGUUCGGCCGAAAGCCUUCCGAAGAUCUCUCCGUAUACUUACCGGAGAAUUUCACUCCAGCAACGACUUUAGAGCGUCUUGAGCGAUCGAUUACCAGUACAGUGUUCCAGUUUCCUUCCGUUGAACAAGAUCAGGAUGAAGCUAAGGAAACAAAGCGCAACUGUAAUGAGAAGGAAAUUUCUGACGAGAAGGAGAUCGACGUUGAAGACAUAAAGGUUUAUGGGGAGGAGGAAAAUGGGUUUUAUUUAAACACGCGAGAGGUAUUCCUUGAUUUUAACGAUGCCGAGUACUUUGGAGGUACUGAGAUAGUUAAAGAUGACUUCCAAAAGACGCCUAAUUUGAAUCAGACUAAAGACGGAAAGAAAAAAGUGAGAAGCAAUAAAGGCAAUGUAGACUGUUUCUUAGGGAUUGGUUUUAGGAAUGGACUCGAACGAAAACGUCGAAGCGAAAUGAAUUCCAAAUAUGAAAAAUUGAGGAGAUUUAUACCCGAGCUAGAGAACAGACAGAAAGCUUCGAAAAUACUCGUACUCAGAACCGCAGCACAAUACAUAAAAGAACUACAGAGGCAAGAUGAACUACUUAGUAAGCAAAAAGACACGGAAAAACGUAGGAAUGAAGAACUACUGAAAAAGCUUGUAAAAAUAAAUUCGUAG